GUGGAGACUAUGCAACACGUACCAGACGUGUCUCCCACUACGACACGGUCGCUCUCGCUUCCACCACUGACAGUGGGCCCUCCAGCAGGCCCUGCCUCCACCAGGGUGACCAUGGCGCCACCUCCUCCUCCAAGAUCCGUCUUCUCCGGCCACACCACCCAAUUCCAUCCCUUGCUCCACCUCUCCCUCCCCACCUCCCGAUUUCGACAUGAGCGACACCGCCGCCGGAGACCACGGUGGCGCCGCCGCGCACAAGCCACUGCCCGCCCUGCCGCCGGAGUCCACGACCACCCGCGCCGUGGCGGCCACCAUCAGCCACGCGCAGCAGCAGCAGUCGCGGCUGGACGACGAGCAGCUGGCGGAGCUGCGCGAGAUCUUCCGCUCCUUCGACCGCAACGCCGACGGCUCCCUCACGCAGCUGGAGCUCGGCUCCCUGCUCCGCUCCCUGGGCCUCAAGCCCAGCACCGACCAGCUCGACGCGCUCAUCCAGCGCGCCGACACCAACUCCAAUGGCCUCGUCGAGUUCUCCGAGUUCGUCGCGCUCGUGGCCCCCGACCUCCUCGCCGACCGCUCCCCCUAUUCCGAGGACCAGCUCCGCAGGCUCUUCGGCAUCUUCGACCGCGACGGCAACGGAUUCAUCACCGCCGCCGAGCUCGCGCACUCCAUGGCCAGGCUCGGCCACGCACUCACCGUCAAGGAGCUCACCGGCAUGAUCAAGGAGGCCGACACCGACGGCGACGGCCGCAUCAACUUCCAGGAGUUCUCGCGCGCCAUCACCGCCGCCGCGUUCGACAACAUCUUCUCCUGAUUACUCUGCAUGCCUCCCGGAAUUCGACCGGUGCACACGCGUCGAUCGUUAAUCGAUUUCUUGAGUUGGUUUUCUUUUCUUUUUUCUUUUGGGGGGAGAUCAAUCAGUCAGGUUAAUUAUUUAGGAAGAUGCAGGUGAGGUGAUGUGCUCGAUCUUGCGAAUAACAUAUUAAACAAACAAAAAAAAGGCAAUGUAGGGACAAAUUACAUGUUUGAUUGUAUUUCUGUCAGUGUUUGCUUGCA